CCCACAUAGCGGCAUAGCGAGCAUCAAGUUCACGCUUUUCAUAACUUAACUCACAUGGAGCUUAUAUUCACAUCAAAUUGGCGUACCAAAUGGAAGUGGUUGCUAGAAAUGCUGAAGAAUUGCCCUAAACUUCAAAAUCUUACCCUUCACAAGCUUUAUGGACAUGGUAUUGAUGAGGAUGAUUGGAAGGAACCAGAAAUUAUUCCAAACUGCCUUUCCUCUCAACUAAGAACAUGCUCGCUUAUAUAUUACAAAGGCAUGAAGUGUGAGCUUCAGUUUGCAGAGUAUGUUUUGAAGAAUGCCAACUUACUGCGCACGAUGACAAUUAGUGCCUCUCCAGGGGAUUUAACUUUAAAGCACCAAAUGCUAAUGGAUUUAUCUUUGUGUCCAAGGGGCUCUAUUGCAUGUAAACUUUCAUUCAUUUGAUUGAAGAAGGUUAGGACACGUCUACUUUAAUUCCUAUUUUCUAACGUUAUAUUAGAUUCUAGAUAUGCAAUAAUAUCAAUGGGAUGGUUUGAAAUACAUGCACUUUGUUUCAUUAGCUAGGUCUCUGUCAUAUAUUUUCAAAUAAGUUUUUUGAUUCUAGCUCCUCCAAACCUGUGAAAUUUCCUUCCUUGCUGAUAAUUGUUUUUGUUUUAAGUUAUAUCCAUGCUUAUUAGUGUCAGGCAGUUGUUUACUAAAUACUGAUAUGACACAGAACUUGAACCAUCACUAAGUUCAUAUUGAAAUUUGAUUGCAUGCAUGUUGUUGAAGCUGUAAACAGUAGUCUCACAAACAGUACGACAAUGCAUUAGGUAGUCUUUUGA